AUGUUACAAGUUCUGAGUCCCAGCCCCUUAGGCCUAGCCACGCCCCUACCAAACCCUUCCUCCUCCACCCACCCAGCUACAACGCCUCUUGGAUGUCAGCCAGAAUCCCAGCCACAGCCAGAAUCCCAGAAUUCCGCGCUACUUCCCUCCCUCGCCUCAAGAUCUGCCCCCAUCUCCGCCUCUAACCCCGCCCACUCACUUGAGGCGCAACAAAGCACCAGCUACAACCAGCUCACCCCCGGCGGUGGCGGUGGCGGGCCCCUUCACGUUGCAUCCUCCUCCUCCUUCCAUCCUGGAGGCGGCAGCGGCGCCGCCGGCACCACCAGAGGCAGUGCCAGCGUCAGCCUCAACGGUAUCAACGGCGGGGUGUCCCUCAGGGGAAACUCUGGCUCGUCCUUGGGACGCUCCAUGUUGCUGUUUCCCUCCACAGCCGAGCUCGCCCGCCGAUUGAGGGGUUUGGUGACGAACGCCGCCGUCAACUUUCGCGAUGUGGAGCUGAUGCCGAAGCCGCAGCCGCCGGAGGGCGACAUGGAGGGCCUUAUGGAGGGCCUUAUGGACCAGCAGGGAGAGGAGCCUGACGCUGACGCCGCUACCGGCUCAACGGCGGCGUCAGCAUCACUGGCGGCGGCAGCGGCAGAGGUCAUCGGUCGUAACGGCAGUGGUGGCGGCGGCGGCGGUGGCGCUGCCGCCGCGGCUGCCGCCGCUGGCGGCGUUGGGGCGGGGAGUGAUGGCGACGGCAGUGGAGACGACGGAGGCCACGGCGCGGCGGAUGGCGCCGCCGCUGCCGCGGCAGCGGCGGUGGCGGCGGCUGGGGGGUUGCCUUUGCCACCGAUGCCGUUGGCGGCGGGUGUUGUCGCCGGCGUGUCGGCGGGCUGCUCUCGAGUACGGACCAGCGGCGCGGUGGUUCGAAAGAACAAGCUGGUCAUCAUCAUGCGGCAUGCCGAUCAAAUGCAGGACGCGGAGUUCUUUGACCACACCAAUGAGGCUGGUUUGGAGGCUCGUCAUAGAGCUCUCAACGCGGCUUUGGACGAUCUGACUGCCUGGCUGCGAAGUGAUCAGGGACAGGUAGCUGUGUUUGACGCCACGAACACUACCGAGUCGCGACGUAACCUGCUGGCGGUUGCGGACUUCCUCGCGCGUAUCUCCAAGUACGAGGAAGUGUACGAACCCAUCAACGACCGCAACCUGCACUACAUCAAACUCAUUGAUAUGGUCACGGGAAGGGGCCACAUGGACAUCAACCGGAUCAGCGGCUACCUGCCGGGGAAGAUCGUGUUCUUUCUGAUGCAGAUAUGUAAAGCAGGGAUGACAAGCGUCCGCAAGAUAUGGCUUUCUAGGCAUGGGGAAUCAGAAUACAACCAAAAGGGGCUCAUCGGUGGUAACAGCUCACUCUCGGAGCGCGGAGAGCGCUAUUCGCGGGCGUUGCCGGGGGCUUUGAUAGCGCGUCUUCCUCAGGAGCAGCCGGUUUCCGUGGCGGUGUGGACCUCAACCUUGAAACGGACAAUUGAGACCGCCCGGUUUCUGCCGUUCCCAAAACUGCGCUGGAAGGCCCUGGACGAGAUUGACGCGGGCAUUUGCGACGGCAUGACGUAUGAGCAGAUUGCUGAGAGGUACCCGCAGGAGUACGAGGCUCGCAAAAAGGACAAGCUCCGGUACAGGUAUCCGUCAGGAGAGUCGUACAUGGACGUGAUUCAACGAGUGGAGCCCGUGAUUAUUGAGCUGGAGCGCGAGCGGGAAAGCGUCCUCGUGGUGGCGCACCAGGCUGUCCUCCGCGCCGUGUACGCCUACUUCAUGAACGUUCCCCCGGAAGACAUCCCCCGUCUCAGCAUGCCGCUCCACACCCUCAUAGAGCUGACUCCCAUGCCCGACGGCACCAUGUCGGAGCAGCGCUUCCCCCUCGACAUCGACAUUGGCGUUGGCGUUGGCGUUGGCAUUGACGUGGAGGUCGUGCAGGAGCCGGCUGUGGGGGGUCCUUCAGCAGUCGGUCCUUCGGGGCCCGCGGCCAAGGGCGUGGUGGAUGGUGACGGCGCGGCCAGAGGGGCCGCGGAGUGUUUCGCCGCUGCAGCGGAAGAGGUGGCAACGGAGAUGGCAGCAGCGGCGGCGGCGGCGGCGGCGGAAGCAGCUGGGAGCGGGUCGCCACUGUCCUCGGUGAACAGCGGCGGAAGCUGCAUGGCGAUGAUGAUGUCGAUGCAAGAAGGAGGGGGGUCGUUGGUGCUCCCGGCUUCCCCGGCGUCGUCGAGCCCUGGCAGCGCCACGACGGGCCGUGACGAUGAGGCCGUGACGGAUGUCGUCGAAGCAAUGGGCUUAGCUGCGGGGCCAGCGGCAGCGGCAGCGGCGGUGGCAACCGCACAAUGA